UCUGGCCGACUCCUAGAACUGACUGCCUCGGCCAAACAAAUAAGUGUACUAAACGUAUUAAACGCAGAGGUAGUCGCGUCUAAAUUAGAAAGCGUAUUACUGAAAUUAACCAAUGAUUUAAACAAUUACUUCAAAUACGUCAAUAAUCCAUCGGCAGAUGAUAUUUCAAAUAUAUCCACAUAUCAAUUGGAAGCGGAGGAGGUCCUGAGUGAGCUCAAGGUUAAAAUAGAACAUUCUAAGGUCAAGGACACUUCAUCCACUAAAUGUAAAACUGGAAAACUUCCAGUAUUGAGUUUACCCACUUAUGAUGGCGACAUACUUAACUGGCACUCCUUUUGGGACCAGUUCAAGUCUCAAAUCGACCAGCGAGAGUUAUCAAAGGUUGAUAAAUUUCUUUAUUUGUCUGCGGCUUUAACUGGUGAGGCUAAAAACUUAGUCAAAGGCUUACAAGCUACAAACGCGAAUUAUGACAUAGCGGUUGCCACACUCAAGGAACGCUACGGUAAAGAGAGCUAUAUUAAAGACGCUCAUUAUGCAGCACUGAACAAAAUAGUACCCGCUACUGAUGUUAUAACAGAUUCUCGUAGAGUAUAUAAUGAAGUUGAACGUCAUCUUCGAGUCUUAAAUGCCUUAGGAGAAGAUAUUUCUCACAGUUUCUUUAGAACAAUAAUAUACGAAAAAUUUCCAGAAACUAUAGUCUACGAGUUGAAAAGAGUUAUAAAAGACGACUCUACAGAAGAGAUAAGGAUGCAACUUUCAAAGCUGCUAGCAGACAAGGAAGAAGUCUUUAAAACCAAACAAACUGUAACAGAUGUAGAAGGUUGUACCACAGGGACCUUACAAGUGGUAGAAAAUAUUUCCAAAAUUAAUAAAAAACCAUUUUAUAAUACCUUUAGUGAAGGCCAAAGGAAGAAAUCUCAUCGUGACUUCACAAGAAAACGAACAUUCAAGGGAGACAACCUUCAACCAGAAUAUGGAAAGAAACCUCGAAUUAAUUGCCGAUUCUGUAAUACCCCUUCACAUUACAGUGACGAAUGCACUAAGUAUGCAACGCUAAAAGAGAGAAAGCAGAGACUAGGCAGAAGGUGCUAUUUAUGCCUGAAAGAAGGACACUUUAUACACAAUUGCAGAAUGAGAUUUAGAUGUCAUCACUGUAAAGGAAAACAUCAUCGAGCGCUUUGCCCAAAACAGUUGAAGUCUGCUAUACCUAAGGCGGUAGCUGCAGACAGCAACUGCAGUAAUAAGGAAUAAGACUGAACGGGGUACUCCACAGUCAUGCCGCAUCUUACUAGACUGUGGAAGUCAAAGGAGCUACAUAACAUCUAAGUUAGCUCAAUCAAUCAAUUUUACACCAGAAAAUGAAGACUUGCUUAUGGUAUACACAUUUGGUUCAAAUAAACCUAAGGAGAUUAUUAGUCCUACGGCGGAAAUCUACUUGGAGACCAAACGUGGCUUACAGAAGAGGAUAAGAGUAAAUGUAGUCCCACAUAUCACUAAUGCUAUCCCGAUACUUAACUUUCCUGACAAGAUACCUGUAGAUAUAAUAGCUGAUGAUGACUCAUUGGGAGACAAAAUUAAUGUACUGAUCGGAAACAACUAUUAUUUCUCCUUUAUUAGAGGGACUCGUCAACAUAUUGGAGAGAAUUUAUAUUUAAUUGAUACCGACUUUGGUUGGAUGUUAACAGGGAGUACAGAUGGGAACAUUUAUGACUAUGACAAUGCUCUUUCCAUAGUAACAUAUUGUCAAUGCCACGGACCUAGUUGUCCAUAUUUUACAGAACCCGACUUACCUUUGAGAAAUGUCGACAUGAAGUUCUUAUGGGCACUUGAAAGCAUUGGUAUAACGGACUCUCCUAAGACAACUAGGGAAGAAGAAGCGGUGAAAUUCUUCAAUGAUACCAUCAAGUAUGUAGAAGGACGGUAUGAAGUAAAGUGGCCUUGGAUUCAGUUCCCUCCAGAGAUACCAACCAAUUACAAUCUGGCUUAUGGAAGAUUGAAAAGCCUACUGAGGAGAUCUGAUAGCGAGACAUUAAUAGAAUAUGAUCGGAUACUGUCUGAACAACUUGAAGCCAAUGUCAUUGAAGUUAUAGAACCCCAAACAGUACCGAUAUAUCAGGUAAACCCACCUAUUCACUACUUACCUGGUCAUAUAGUGAAACAAGAAGGAAAAAGGGGGCGUAUUGUCUAUGACGCAUCAGCUAAAGUAAAAGAUUACAAGAGCCUAAAUGAAUGUAUGUAUCGAGGACCAUCAAUGUUAGAAGAUCUAACCGCCCUACUUCUAAAGUUCAGAUGUGGUGAAGUGGGAAUAACAGCGGACAUAGAGAAAGCCUUUCUUCAAGUCGGUCUCCAAGAUGAAGAUAGAGAUGUCACGAGAUUCCUCUGGGUAAAAGAUCUGUCCAAAGAACCCACUGAGGACAAUAUUCUUCAUUACAGAUUUUGUAGAGUACCGUUUGGAAUCAUUUCGAGCCCGUUUCUCUUAACAGCCACAAUACGACAUCAUUUAUCACAAGAUGAAACCUUUCUUAAGAACAUUGCUGACAGAUGUUACGUUGACAACCUUGUGACAUGCGCUGAAGACUACAACAAAGCUACCACGUUAUAUGAAGAAACCAGAAAAGUCUUCAAAGAGUUGGGCAUGAAUAUUCGAGAAUGGAUGUCAAAUGAUAAACAUUUUUUGGAAACUAUUCCUGAGCCACUAAGAGCACCACAAAAAGACCGAAUAAAGGUUCUAGGCCUUAUGUGGAACGUGGAAAAGGAUAAUUUGGAACUGAAAUUAAAUGAUAACUCCUUAGAUUGCCAUGAGAAGAAGGUUACUAAAAGGGAUGUUUUACGCACAUUAGCAAGGGUUUAUGACCCAUGUGGAUUCGCUUCACCACUUAUACUACCUGCAAAAAUAUUCUUUCAACAGCUCUGCGAGAUGAAGAUUAAAUGGGAUACGAACUUGUCAACAGAGCUCAUUCAUAAAUGGUCAAAAAUAUUAGACAACCUUAAACUGACUAGAGAUAUUGAAGUACCACGACAUGUAGGAAAUGUAUCACCAAAGUCAAAGGUAAAAUAUGAACUUCAUACAUUUACAGAUGCUUCGAUGAAGGCGUAUGCUGCAGUGACAUAUCUACGUAUAGUCGGAGAGAGAGAAAAUAAGAUAGCAUUCCUUAUGUCAAAGGCCCGCAUAACACCCUUAGAGGAUCAAAAAGAUUUGAAAAUACCUCGGCUGGAACUGUUAGCUUAUUUAAUUGGUAGCAGGCUAAUGAAGUAUGUCAAAGCAAACAUAGACUUACACAUACAGAAACAAUAUUUGUGGACUGAUAGUCAGGUUGUGCUCGGCUGGAUCAAAUCGAAUAAACUGCUAUCUCCGUUUAUUACUCGCCGUGUUAACGAAAUCAAGGAGAACAAAGGCUUCGAAUUUCGCUAUGUAGAUACAAAUAGAAACCCAGCUGAUUUAGCUACUCGGCCUGAGCUGUGGGAGAGUAAAAAGGGAUUAUGGUUCAAGGGGCCUGAAUUUCUGUCCAAGGAACCAGUACAUUGGCCGAGUAGUACAAUAUCUGAAGAUCGACAAGCCUUUCUUGUUGCUGGGGAGGGCCUGGAUAUCAUCAAUGAUCCAGAGAUGUCAGUGGAGGAUUGUGAAAAGGACAUACCUGAUGUUCAACUCGAUAUGGAUCUUGAUGGUCAGAUAGCUCAAGAACAGGAACAUGCUAUCCAGGUAGAGACUGAUAUUAGUGGAGACAAGACACAUGUAACAGAAAUUAUAAAUCUACAAAAGGAACAUUUCCCAGAAGAAGUGAGUGGAAAGGAAACUCAUUUGACGCGAAACUUAGGGCUGUAUCUAGACGUAGAUGGAUUGCUUAGAAGUCGAGGACGACUGUCAAAUACUCGUUGGUCCUAUGAUAUGAAGCACCCAAUCCUUUUACCGCCCAAAUCUAGCUUCACAGAUAAGGUUAUCCGAGAGACCCACGAAGAAAACUACCAUGUGGGAGUUCCACAUACCUUGAAUAUCAUCCGUGAAAAAUACUGGAUACCACAGGGUAGGGCACAAGUACAGAGGGUACUUAAAACCUGCAAUCAAUGCAUUAAACAGGGCGGAGGACCCUACCGGCUUCCUCCUACACCGGCCUUACCAGUGGAGCGAGCGAAUUACAGUGAUCCUUAUACCUAUACAGGUCUUGAUUAUUUCGGCCCAGUAAUGGUUGCAACAAAACUAGGAAAAGAGAAACGCUGGGUAUGUUUAUAUACGUGUCUUGCUGUGAGAGCUGUUCACAUGGAGAUAGUAAAAGACUUAACAGCUGAAGAAUGUCUGCUCGCGUUGAGACGUUUCAUAGCUUCCAGAGGAAAGCCAAAGAUGGUAUUAUCGGACAAUGCACCUCAAUUCAAGCUGACUUCAGAACUUUUGACGAACUCGUAUUGCGUAAAAAACAGCAUUAAGUGGAAGUUUAUCCCUCAAUUGGCUCCAUGGCACGGGGGAGUCUACGAACGGCUCGUAGCCCUGGCCAAGCAUUGUAUGAAGCGCACAUUAGAAAAACAUUUACUGAACGAUAACCAGUUACUUACAGUGAUUAAAGAGAUCGAGGGAGUCAUUAACACAAGACCUUUGACGUACGUCGGCGCAGAUUUGGACCGUGUGCUGAGACCAGUGGACUUCUUGAGAUUAGGUAAUUGCGUGGUCCCAGAACCGAUGGAGACAGACAACGUGGGCAAGAUCACUGCCACUAAAGUAGACCUCAUUGCUAGCUGGAAAAGAGGUACCAUGAUUCUAGGGGAGUUUAAGGAUAUGUUUAUAAAGCAAUACCUGACAAGUCUGAGGGAAAAGCACAGAUAUUCCGUCAAACAGCCUAGAUCCACUUCUGAUAAAUUACCACAAGUAGGGGAUAUGGUUCAGAUUUACGACGACUCUAAGAAAAGGAUAAACUGGAAAGAGGGGAAGAUAACAACCUUGAUCAAGAGUCGAGAUGGGCAUUCGGAGAAUCUCCAGGGCCAGAAAUUCCAGUAG